UGGACGUCAAGUUUCCCUAUAUAAAUUGUCAUUUUCAACUUUGUUUAAAUGGGAGAAGCUAAGUCUUCUGCCGAGCCGACCGAUACCGCUGAUUCUCCCCUGCCGGGAAUGGCGAUCGCGAUCCCCCUACGCGGCGACGAGCAGGAGCGGAGCCCUAGCGGUGAGGAGAAGCCUUCGUGGUUCUCGCCUAAAAGGCUACUCGUGAUGUUCUGCGUUAUCAAUAUGCUGAAUUAUGUUGACCGAGGAGUGAUUGCAAGCAAUGGUGUAAAUGGUAGCCAAAGCACCUGCACAGAGAGCGGUAUUUGCAUAUCCGGUGGCGGAAUUCAAGGUGACUUCGGCCUGAGCAACUUUGAAGAUGGUGUCCUCUCAUCUGCGUUUAUGGUUGGACUUCUAGUAGCAUCUCCAAUAUUUGCAUCCUUAGCAAAAAGUAUCAAUCCAUUUAGGCUUAUUGGAGUUGGUCUUUCAGUUUGGACAUUGGCUACUGCUGGUUGCGGCUGUGCUUUUGAUUUUUGGUUCAUAACAAUAUUCAGAAUGCUUGUGGGUGUAGGUGAAGCUUCAUUCAUAAGUCUCGCGGCUCCAUUUAUCGAUGACAAUGCACCUGUAUCACAGAAAACAGCUUGGCUCGCAACUUUCUACAUGUGCAUUCCAUCUGGAAUUGCCCUUGGUUACGUAUAUGGUGGAGUGGUUGGGAAUGGUCUCCAUUGGCGUUAUGCAUUCUGGGGGGAGGCACUCUUGAUGCUUCCAUUUGCUAUUUUUGGCUUUCUUAUAAAGCCAUUGCAGCUGAAAGGUUUUUCUUCGUCAAAGCUCAAUAGGGAGGAAGUCUUGGGUGAAAUCGAUGUUGCACAUGGCGAACAUAAUUCAAAACAUGCAGCAGCAGAAAGUUCUCAUGAUACCAGAAGAACCAAUACAGAAUCAAAGAAUUGUUCCUUUUCUGGGAUUGUUCAAAAAUUUUCGACUCAAGUUACUAGAUUUGGGAGAGAUAUGAAGUUGCUCUGAGUUUAUGUCAUAAAUGUUCUCGGCUAUAUAACUUACAACUUUGUUAUAGGAGCUUAUUCCUAUUGGGGACCCAAGGCUGGUCAGGACAUUUAUCAUAUGAACAAUGCAGAUUUGAUGUUUGGGGGAAUAACAAUAGUAUGCGGAAUCUUUGGAACUUUAGCUGGUGGUUACAUACUUGAUCGGAUACAGUCUACACUCUCAAAUGCCUUUAAGAUUCUCUCUGUGGCAACUUUUCUAGGGGCAUGUUUUUGCUUUGGUGCCUUCUGCUUCAAAAGCUUGUAUGGAUUUAUAGCUCUUUUUAGUGUUGGAGAGCUUCUGGUUUUUGCAACGCAGGCUCCUGUGAAUUAUGUCUGUCUUCAUUCCGUCAAUCCUAGCUUGAGACCACUGUCUAUGGCAAUGUCAACUGUUUCAAUUCACAUUUUUGGUGACGUCCCAUCGUCGCCGUUGGUUGGAAUUUUACAGGAUCACAUUAACAGCUGGAGAAGUAGUGCUCUUAUAUUGACAUCUAUUCUAUUCAUUGCUUCUGCUAUAUGGUUUGUAGGUAUCUUCCUUCAUGCCGUCGAUCGAUUUAACGAAGCCAGCGAGCAUGAUGUUCCUCCAGUUCAGAGAUCCAACCAGAGACCAUUACUUGACGAUAAUGGCGAUGAUUUGCAGGAAUCGGCUUAGGGGCGAUCGGUGAGUGAGAACUGGUGAAAUGAUUGUAUUACUCAAAUAACUUAUUAAUCUUUUUCUAUCCA